UGUGUCGUUCCCGCUAGACGACGCAGUGAAGCCUUGUAGUAGUUGCAAUGGACUCCAUUGAUUUGGCUGUGCAAAGCGUUCAGAGGUUAAACGAUGAGGAGAAGGUGAUGCUGGUCGGAGCUGUGGUGUGUAUCACAGUGCUUCUUGUUUACGCUGUCAGCGGCCUGAGCUCGAUUUGCAAAGGACUACCCGCUGAGGAGGAUGCGCUGAUACAGGCCACACCAGUUAUGACUGUUCACCUUCACAGACCUGGCAACCAGAAGCUGGGCAUAUGCUUGCGGGCGAACGGCGAUGGACCAGCAAUCAUCACUGGUAUUUCGAGUGGGGAUCUGCUGGAUUCUUGGAACGCUUCCCAAGCGUUUGCUGAGCAGCAAGUUCGAUCUGGCGAUCAUAUCCUGGCAGUGACUAGUGGCGGCAGCACGUGCCGGGAUGGAAAGCUCAUGGCAGCCAAGCUCAAAGAAGCUGGUGAUGUUACAUUGGCAAUCGGCAUCCUGCGUUCGCAAGCUGAAGUGGAGAAGUGCUGGCAGCGCGUUACUGGUAUGACAACCUUGCCGGACAUGGUGCUUGAAGAAGUCGCUGAACUGGGAGCACCACGAAUGUCUUUUGGAGGUGGGGCCAUGGACAAAGUGGCCAUGGAAGUUCUGAAGGUUGGGCCACGACUGGCAGCGUGGAACGAGCAAUGCCAGGCCAAGGGGACCUGCUGCUCGCAAAGGGUGGAGGUUGGAGAUCGUGUUGUUGCCAUCGGCGGGUCGACAAACGUUCGCAAGGGCCUGAAAAUGCCUUCUCCGACUCUGACACUUGCACGAUGGCAUCCGAUUGGCUCUUGCAGUCGCAAGAGCUUCGAUGCCAAGAUCGAGCGUGGUCAAGACAGGAUGGGCAUGGUCAUUUGCCCACACCCACUGGGCAAUGGACAUGCCAUGCUGCUGAAGAUUGCUCCAGACGGCGCCCUUGCUCGCUGGAAUGCCGGUUCUGUAUGUCCAAUCCAUGCGGGAGAUUGCAUUGUGGGGGUUAACGGUGCCUCCACCUAUUUGAACAUGCAGAAGGAGCUUGCAAGCCCAUCGCCAUCGAUUAAGAUAGAGCGCUGGGAGCCAGCAGGCGGUUCAUCAGGACCAUCCAUGACGGCGCAGUCGAUGCCUUUGCCAAUCUCAGGGAAGCCUCCAGCAGCUUCACCUUCUCCACCCCAAGUGCUUUCAAGCCCGGAGCUCUCGACUGGAUCGAGGUUGCGACAGCCAAUGUUUUGGCUGGGUCUGGGAACGCUGCUGGUGCUGCCAUCAUUUCUAAUGGAAGACUGGCAAGGUGCUCUACAUUCAGUGGCUGAAGUGGCAAGAUUGCCCAAGCAGCUGCCGCUUGACAGUCAGGGCACGCUGGCACUGCUACUUCUUGGUUGUGCAUGGUUGCUUCUGCUACGCUUUUUGUGGUGCGAGGUGAUGCUGACAGGGAAGACGGUGCCCAUUCUGCCUCAGCCCGUUCUUGCCUUCCUAUCCUCAACGUGCUUCGGCUACGGCACGUUUUUCUUGUGCAACUGGGCAGGUGUGCACUCGUGAUGCAGUUGUGAUGGGUAGCGCUCUCUUGGAAAUGU